UUUCACCUCCGAUUUGAGACCAGAGAGCUCGCCCCCAUUGGAAUCGCUCCCGCCGUCUGAACAACCACGUCUGUUCUUUCUCCAACAGGUACUUAGGUAUCCAAGUUGUGUUGAGCCACUGGUUUUGGUAGCUCGCUGCUUCAAUCUUUGUUUAGGUACCUGAGCCCACCAAUCACAAACCAGAGCUGCCAGUCAUGUGAUCCUUGAAGCAACGGCCGAAAGUCGGUUGAGGUUCCAAUGGACGAAGAUUUGAACUUGGAACCGAACAUGGAUAUUACUGAGGCUGAAUUGGACCGAUUCAGCACCAAAGGCUGUGAGGAGGUUCUCAGAGGUCUGUUGGUGAACAUUGAGCACAUUAACUCCAUGAGGAACCAUGUUCGCAUGGGCAACCUUAAAUUCGAGUCCCUUUGUCAUGGAGUGGCCUCUUCCUUACAAGAAAUUGGUUUAAGGCUAACCAAGAUGUCGGAAGAAAAUAAGGAUCUACGAGAAGAUGUCCUUUUGUGUCGCAAGAACUUGCUGGCUUGUGCAAGUAGCAUUGUUCUCAAUGCCAAGCAUCCAUUCAAAACCUUUCCUUUCUUUGACAAGAUUGUUCCCGUGUGCCAAGAAGCUCUGAAGAUCACGGAAAUGGGAGCCAAAAGAAAGGCCGUCCUCGCUUCCAUAACAUCCCUGGAGUCAUUGGAGAUCCUGGAGAAGAGUGCGAGCUACAAGAAUUUGUUUCUCAAUAUCAAGAUCUUUGGGUCCAAGUUGCACACGUUUUUGGAGUUGGCGGCCUCGAUUUGUGGUGAGCUUAAAAGUGAGAAAUGUCGUGGAGAUCUGAUUGCCCGAGCUGAUACGAUCAAGAAGCUCUUGCCGUUGGUGAUUCAAUCCUUGAGAGAGUCCUUGCGACACCCCAUGAACUCGCACACGCGUUCCAGCCGAGAAUUUUUCUUCGGCGUGGUGAGGAAUGCCAUUUCAGAAAUGGUCCAAUCCAUCCAUGACUCUGACCAGGCUAAAAAUGAUAUCGGAUUGUUCAUCAAGAAGUUGGAUUCUGCUCUUGAAAUCACGGAGAAGAUCGAAACCUUGGACCAAUUUGUAGAUCUCAACGACGACAUUGAGUGGCUAAUCAAGUUCUCCUUGUCAGUGGGCAAAGUCUCCAAGGCCAAAGACAACAAAGAUAUUCUCGGGAUAGGCCAUAAUCUAGUAAAAGAGUUGAUCAAUGUGAAGAAGGCUCUGGAGUUGGAAGGCCCCAGUAAGGAUCUCAGUCUCGCCAAGGACGUGGCCAGAGAGAUCAUCGAAGAGUUGGAGCAAACGGUGAACAAUGCACUGCUCAAGUUGAUCAUUGAUUGUUUUUGCUCGGUAGCCACACCUCUGGAUGAACUGAUCCACCAUGUACUCAAUUCCAAUGUCAGCCCACCCGAUCGCCUCCCGGAUGACAUUGAUGACUUGGUGAGUGGCUUUGACGAAAGAGCCGAUAAUCUGUUUCACAUCGCACAUUUCACCACGUUCUGCACAACCGAUGCCAAGAGGAGCUUGGCCAUCCACACCUGUCUCCAUUUACUCCAAGAGCUUGAGAAAGAGGUUGUUCCAGCCGUGUUCAAGCUCUAUUUCAAUCCUGAAGAUCACGGAGCCCGAGCUCAUUUGAAGGCCUUACGAAGUCUGUGGAGCCAAACUGUCGAGCACCUGGAAACCCACGUGAUGGGCAUUGUAGAUGCAACCGCAUUCUGCUAUGUCAUCAACGAAGAGGUCCGAGCCGUGUCCGGGAUCAUCAAGAAAGAGCAAUAUCGUCAGGACCGUAAAUGGAUCCACUUAGCUGGAACGAAGCUGAUCCGAAUGUGUCAGAGAGCGGUCGACUUCGCCUGGAAGGAUUGUUCCCACUCCACCGAGGAUCCAUUGCCCGACGAUCAUCCCAUUGUCAAAGUGGAACGGAGUACCUGGGAAUUGCAAGCCGCCCUCAGGUUGGUUUUGGACAGCAUUGAAGAUCUGAAUCUCCACAAAACCAUGAUUCGGAGGGUCCAAGUUUUGGCCACUUGUCUGGGGAUCAUGUCCCAUUAUCUGGUAAACAAGAACGAAAGCGUUCUCUCCGCCUCCAAAGUGAGGGUCCUGACCUCGGUCAGUCGAAUCACCAUCAGCAAGGAGUCCAUGGUCGUCAAAGAAGAGUCCGACCCAUCCAAAGCCAACAAUGGCUCCAGGUUAUCCGGAUUGAGUUUUAGGAGUGUCAAACGGAAAGAGAGCUUAUUACGAUCCAGGCACAUUGAUUCCGAGGUCGAACGCCGGGUCAACGAGAGUCUGGCCAAACUGAAGGAUGAUUCCAUGGCCUUGAUCCCAUUUCAAACGCGGAAGAUGCUCAACGAGACGGGCUUGAAACCGGCCAAGAAAUCUGGUUUCGACUUCACUGAGAUUUUCGACCAACUCUCUGCUCUCAGCCAAGAUAUCGCCUCUACGUUGGAGAAGGAUCAACAUCUCGUCAAACCCGAGGCCCCCAGGGUCAAAAAGAGCACAAAUCCGGAUGUGUCUCUCCGACAAAUCGCCUUUAAAAACGCUGCCAUCAAGGAGCCCUUGAAGUUGUACUCUGAAGACACCUCCAACGUAAAGAUCGUGGCCUCCAACCACGGCAUCGGAUCCCCCGAACGGCUCAAGGACAUUAGGAAGGUCAACGAGAAACUGGAAAAGAUCAAAACAACACUUUAACACAAACAAGUUAACUCCAUCCAUUCAUCUGAGAAUAAAUCGUAUAUCCACAAUUAGUUGUUGACUCACAAAACACGGAUUUGAAGGUUGGUAGACGUAAAUCUACAGGUAAAAUAGAAUUUGGCACACUAAAUGUAUAAAAUAUAAAAUGACACAUCGAAUGUAUAAAGUGACGCAUGCAAG